GCCACACUGAGCCAUGGCGUAAAUAAAUGCAUUUCUAAAUAAUUAACAAUUACCAAUGUCUGUAUAAAAUGUUGCUAAAUAAGAAGGAACUCAUGUACAAACAGCUGGUGGAAAAGCUGUAUGACAGGUGCCAGAGGAUUCAGGCGGAAAAUGAGCGAUGUGUGAUGAGAGUAAAUGGAAUCAAAAAGAUAGUGAGAAGGCGCAAUCAUGAUGUGGAACUUCUGAAAAGACGACUAGAUAAGCACGGAGACAACUGGCGAUCAGUUCCCAUGGUGGCUCCACAUCCCAAAGGCAAAACCGAGCAGAAGCGCCGAGGACCGAAGCCCAAAAACAAGCAGGCGGCGGAUGAAACAGGAACACCAGGGUCUGAGCCUGGCUCCACCACUCCAGCAGCACGGAAGCCCCGAAAGCAAAAGGCCAAACAGCCACCCAUUAAUCUCAAUCCAGUCAUCGCACCUCCGCAUCCACAUCCACAACCUCAAUUGUUAACCUGAACCUAAGAGAUUCUAUGUAUUCUAUUUUUAAGAUAAAGGGCUUUUAUACUUUUCACUGUAAUCUUAAGACAAAUAAAACCCAAAUCCACAAGCGAA